AGUCGCCAGUUCGUGGCGUGCAGCCAAAGGGCGAGUGGCAGAGAGAGAGAGAGAGAGAGAGAGAGGGAGAGAGAGAGGGCGAGAGAGGGAGCGCGGGGCCGGCUGCAUUGUCCACGCUUCGCUUUUCCUCCUCCACGUGCAUUUCGGUAGUACAAGAAAUGCAUGCAGCCCCAGCUCUAUGUUAAGAUAGCCACCGUCGUAGCAGCUACGUACACUCUGUCGUCUCCGCGGAUAGCCGACGUCGGUUUUGCGCUUUACGAGCGUUCCUGCAGGGAACUCUAGCACGACUCUAGCUAGAUGUGUUCCAUAGCAAUACCGUCGGAGCUUCUGUUGGGACACAGUCCCCCGGUGUACGGCUCGCUGCUCUACAGCUCCCUGAUGGUUACGACGCCGCCCAUCAGCAACAGGUCCGUGCCACCGCAGAUCAGGCCGUGUCUGACGAGCAGCCACUCCCUGCACCUCGGCCUGCUCAACGGCGGCGACGAUGCCUGCAUCAAGAGGAACAAGAAGAGGGUCGUCUUCGCCGACGACCGUGGCAGGCCGCUCACGCAGGUGCGGGUCAUGUCGGAGCCGAGCAACAUGCCACCCCUAUGGUCCAGCGCGUACGUGGCAAGCUUGGCGCGCGGCGAGCUGUUCCGCAACUUGGACGGUAGCCUCAGCAUCUCCCAAAGCGGCUCCUCGGAGAGCGACGAGGAGUCGGCGGAGAAGAAAGCCGCAGCCGCCAAACUAGCGGAGGUAGCUCCGUGGGAGCCGAGCUUCGCCCAGCCAGCCAGCGACUACUUGGCCUUUCGUAACAAGCUGGACAAGAACGCCGUGAGUCUGGAGAACGUGAUCGUGCGCGAGGCCGAGGGCUGCCUCAUUGGCACGGUUAAGGUCAAGAACAUCACUUACGACAAGGAGGUGACGAUGCGCGUCACCAGCGACAACUGGGCCACUCAGCAGGACAUCGCCUGCUCGUACGUCGAGCAGCCCGGCUUGGCCGCCGUCCAAACGGCAGUGCGCAACCUCUAUGACACCUUUCGCUUCCGCAUCCCCCUGCCGAAGGACUCCCGCCAAGUGGAGUUCUGCGUGCGCUACCAGACCUGCGGCCAGGAGUUCUGGGACAAUAACGGAGGCGCCAAUUACAUCGUCAUGAAGAAACGAGAAGUCACGAAAAAUUACGAGAAGCCUCCGCCGGUUGUCUGCUGCUGUUACCACUGUCGCUUUCUCAGCCCCGACAGUCCACCAUCGCCGACAUCAUUGACGAUAUAAAAAAGAUCCUGAACGCUUUAGUUGCAAGCUAUGAUGGCGAAAGACACGAAAGAAUACAACAUCGAACAAAACCUGGAAGUUGGAAGAUGUAGAUGAAAGAAAAACUGAACGGAGAUGAGACUGAUACGGAAUUAAGAAAAAAUCGACGAGGAAACCUUUCGAACAGUCGUAGCUCUCACGUGAUACAGAGAACUUGCAAAUUCUCUCCCCUCCCCACAUCCUGUCCCGAAAAUCCUUGUAUUCACGUGGUGAUAGUACGAAGUGACGAGUUACAGGAAAAGGACACGAAGCAGCCGCAUUUCACACUCGCGUAUGUUAUCCGCAGUAAGACUGAUAAUAUUUAAUCGAUUUUUAAUUUAUUUUUUGAUCUACGAAGAAAACCAACUUGAGAGCUAACGUUUACGGACAAUACGGGAUUUUGUCGACUUUUCGAAAUGUGUUAAAGGCCGCUUCUUGUCCUUCUCCCAUUAUUAUUUUCUUUUUAGUUAUACUCAUUGAAACCAAUCCCUCACAUUAUUAUUAUUAUUAUUAUUAUUAUUAUUAUUAUAUUAUUGAUAUUUGUUGUUACUAUUAUUACUAAUUUUAAUUGAUGUGCGUAAAACUGGAUUCUUACCUGAUACACGAGUUAAAAAAACUAAUUUUUUCUUUUAGCUUUUAACAAUAUAGAAGAAAUCAGCAACGUUUUAAUGAUCUUUCGACUCGAGUAAUUCUGAGUACUUAUUUGUCCUCUUGUAAUUUAACUAGUAUACAUACUAUGCAACCUUACGUUACACGUACGAUGCGCAACGUGAUAAAGUAUAUUUCUACGUUCAUGACGAAUGAAUGAGUUUUUAGAGUUAUUCGAAUAGAAGAUUGUUAAGACUGAUUUUUAAUGGAAAAAAUAUAUAUACAUAUGUUGAGGAAAAAAUAUUUAGAAGUGAAAAAAAAAAACGCAAAUGUGACGGCGAACGGUUUUUACUAUUUGUACACGUAUACUCAUGUAGAUUUUCUGUUAGAUUACGCUAUAAACUGACGUAUAUUAUAUAUGUGCACGCUGCUCACUUGUCAAUUAAUUGUUAGUUAUAUCGUUAGAACGAUGAUAAUUAUUGAAUGUUGACAUAUGAAAUUCAUUAUCCGUCGACUUAAUGAAUAUAAAAACCUUCGCCGCAUAUUUUUUUAUAAAUGCGUUAUAUCAAAAAAAAUAACGUUGUUGUCAAGAUAUUGAAACAAAUUCUAUUAUUGUAAAACGGCUUUGGCGACGAAGCCGAUAAAUACGAAUAUCGAGUAUAAGAUCGAGUUAUAAGCCAAGCGAUUUUACAGUUUAACAAAAAAAAAAGGAAAAAAUGACAAAAAAAUGGAAAUAUAUACAAUAUUACUGUAAUAAAUUGUUUAAUAAAACAAACAUAAGAAAACGAACUCUUGUAUCGAUGAGAGGAAACGCGAAAAAAAUGUGCGAAAUUAAUCGUUAUAUAUUUGUAUACAUUUUAUGCGACAAACGGAUAAGGACAGAGGUGAGGACAUCGAUUUUUUGAAAGAUUUUAUUUAGAUUUAAGUACGUGUAUGACUGAUGACUGAAGGAAUAUUUGUGAUGCUCAUGUGUGUUUUUUCUGAGAAAGCAUGUGUGUAUAUGUAUAUUGGCAAUUGUAGAUAUAUUUUUUUGAUUCAAGUGGAGGAGGAAAAGCGAACAAUAAUAUGUAAUGUCAGGAGGCGGAGUCUUUAUUUAGUAGUUAAGAAAUAAUACGCUUUGGUUAUCAUAUUAAUUUUAUCCUCUCAGUUGCUGUAAUAAUACGAAUUUCACAAACAUAUGGGAUCGCCGAAAUGUAAUUAAAUUGCCUUCGGUCGCUGAGUGUAAUUUACAUCAUGUAAUUAUGCUAACCGAUAAUAUUUUGUAGAUAUAUAACGGAUCAUCGUAGUUCUAGCGGAAAAUUUUAAUGUAUCUCGAUGUAUAUUAUCAUACACAUUGUAGUCAACAAAUAAAAUAUAAGUAUUCUUGGAAAUAAUUUCCUGUCAUUUUUUAU